AUGCUCACCUCCAAGCAAGCACCGUCUUAUGGUCCUCCAACGCCAGCAUAUAUCUUUCGAGGUCACCAAGCAGCUAUACAUGCUCUUCAUUUCUUCGCAUCAAAUCGCUAUUUUAUCUCAGGGGACAGCGACGGCUGGAUUGUUGUUUGGCGCCUCAUCACUAAGAGACCAGCCGCAGUAUGGAAAGCACAUGAUGGGGGUGUGAUGGGCAUCAAGGACUGGCAAGGUUCGAGUAUCAUCACGCAUGGUAGAGACCAUAAACUACGAGUCUGGCGGGUACGAGAUGAAGAUCUUGAGUCAUUGAGCACAAGACUUCCUGUUGAUGGUGCAGCUGCAGAAGAGAACAAGCAACCUUGGCUGGUACAUUCUAUAGACGUCAAUGCACUCAACUUCUGUGCUUUUGCUAUCUGCCCGGAUAUAGAUCGAACGAAACAAGCGGGAAGCGAGACGGAAUUCCCGCCGUUGCUUCUGGCCGCACCAAACGGACUGGACAAUGGUGGCGUGGAUGUCUUCCAGUUUCCAACCGAACAGCGAGUCUCAAAGCUACAGUCAGAAAAGAAGGUCAAUACAGGCAUGGUCAUGUCGUUAAGACUGUUCAACAGCACGCGAUUAGGCAGACUAAUGCUUGUGGUGGGAUACGAAGAUGGACAGGUGGCAGCCUACACGAGGAAGAACCAGAAUGUCAUGCCGGCGUGGAUCUGGGAAAGACUCAUGAUCAGCCGACCUCACAAGCAGCCUGUUCUUUCGCUCGACGUAAGUCCUGAACACGAUUGGUUCAUAACCUCUUCAGCAGAUGCGACGAUCGUAAAGUACUCGAUACCUAGUCAACCUACCCAAGCGGACCAAGCAGAAAAGACAAACGACACUAAACAUGCUGGUCAGCAGGAUCUGAAGAUCAGGUCUGAUGGGCGAGUAUUCGCAACAGCUGGCUGGGAUAAGCACAUCAGGAUCUACUCUGCUAAGACAUUGAAAGAGCUCGCUGUUUUACAAUGGCACAAGGAGGGGUGUUAUGCUAUUGGCUUUGCGGUCGUCAAUACUUCACACACAUCCAGUGAAGAUCGACCUUGCGCGGUUGUUCAGCUCAAUGCUAUGGAAAGAAUCAAACAAGAACGGGAAGACAAGAUACACAACACUCACUGGCUAGUAGCUGGAUCAAAGGACGGCAAGAUCUCGUUGUGGGACAUUUAUUGA